AUGGCAAAGCCCGUCGCACGUUGGAGGCGCUCUGGGCCUCGGGACAGCAUAGGCAUCCAAAGAGGCGCUGAGGCAAGUGCACCUCCUGGGUCUUCAACUCCUUCUGACAAUCAGGAGCCAAACAUUCCGAGGACAUUCUCCUCCUUUCGUACGCAGGGAAUAGCCUCCACAACACAGGAACCAGGGACCUCCCCCAGUCGUGAGGAUGGCCUUCUACGGGCUCCCUCUGGCUUUGGCCCCGCUGGCUUCUCUACUCAGUCUCCGUCUGUAGGAGGGUCUGGUGGACUCCCAGCACAUAAUAUUGGGGCGUCAGAUGGAUCACGAGGCAACUUCGGGCCUCCGGUCAGCCAUGCGCCAACGGGGAGCGAUCCGCAAUCUGCAAUAUCUGUGCUGUUCGGAAACAGGGGCCUUGAAGCCUUCAACAAGCUCACACUCGACGAUGAAUACAUCCUUCACUUCUACGGAGUCCGGCAAACGUUUAUGAAGCCGGCGGUACAGGAACACUGCGAGAGGGCACCUGGGGGAGAUAGUAAUGGAGGGUUUCAGCACACGCUUGUGUGGAAUGUCAGGAGCCGCGAAUUCAGGGCCUCCGGCAUUGGCCGCUCAAAAAAGGAUGCGAAGAAAGAGGCUGUGAAAGUUCUCUUGGUGCAGUUGGGUCCGGUGACCCCUCAUGAGUAUGAACAAGUUACUCGAGUCAUUUUCAGCACCCUCCGAGGAAAACUGAACGCGAAGCAGAGGGCUAUUCCCAUUUCCAGGAUGAAGCACAGUUUCGAGUGGAAUUUCUUGCUGGAUGGAGAGCCUACUAUCGUGGAGUCACAAGGUAGUGGCUCCUUUCCAGCUGAGGCAGAGAUAGCCGCGAUGCAAGACAUGUACAUAAAAGUGCAGGAGCUGAAAGAUAAGGGGUUGAUGCGUCGGGCAGUCUUAAAUGCUGAGGCAUCGAAAAAUAGGAAGGUGCAGCCACAGGAGCACCGGAGCCAGAUUACGAGACCGUCGCAGCUCUCAAAGCACACAGCUGGUGAAAUUAACAUGCUGCACAAUACCGUCACCUCCCAGAACCAAAUAAAGGCCACAGAAACGAUAACGGAGGCGCCAGAAGGUCAUCGGUGUGCGCUUGAAUGGAAAUGGAAAUCGAAUGAUGGGCGCAUGCAUUCUCAUGUUAUCGUCGCUGUCGGCUCUACCAAAGCUGGUGCACGAGCUCAGGCAGCCAUGCAAAUGAUGCAAGCGGCGGGCUUCAUAGAACACGUUGAUGACAAGGACAGGCAAGCAGCCCUUAUGGUUGUGAACCAGGUGGAAAGCAAAAAGGACCCGUCUGUGUAUGUCGAGAGUGCGUGCCGGCUCAUUGCCGAAACAAGGGGAGCUGUAUGGCGUAUAUUCCUGCCAGUCGUUUGGCGCGCGGCCAUGGCUGAAGGCAGUCGAUCACUAGUAAACUCGCUAAUCGACCAGUUAAAGGUGCAAGCAGCUCCACGCCCCGUGGUUGCAGAGCAAACUCAAAGUGAUGGCCAGAGUAGUUCUGGGCCGCAAGAGGUCGUUAAAGCGUCAUAUGACGCUCCAAAAGUGAUGCCUCCGGAUCUGUGGGAGCAACUUCUUGAUGAGUGCACGGUUUUGACGAACUGCGAGUUUGGACAGUCGGUGCUUCACGAGCUUGGUGGACUGUCACUGGACAGCAGCUGGUUCCCUUCGACUCUGGCCAUGCGCUACUUUCACAAUUAUAGGCUAAUGCUUGCGCUGGAGUGGCAAGCACAAGUUGCAACAAACAUCAGCGAUCAGGAAGAGCGCAUGUUCCUCAGGAGCGUCCAGUUCCGGGAAGAUGAUAUCGUUCUCCUCAGGCCGGCAGAUCCGCAUGCAUUUACUGAGGAGGAAUCUUGGCAACGAUGCUUUGUGGGCGUCGUUACGAGUGUAAAAGGAGAUUUCUCAGAAUCCAUGAACGUGAAUGUUCGCGUUGCCACUGCCGAAGUCAAGAAGUACCCGGAAGUCUUCACAACCAAUAAAUUCAAGCUUUACUAUCUCACUCCCGCUGUAACGCACGAUAGGAUGGUCCAGGCGCUCAGAGGCCUUACAAUGUCGAAGCAUCCAGCAGGAAAGUCGCCACCCCCUUACGUCUUCGCACCGGAGAUCCGUUACCUUCUUCUUCACACUAGUGAACCUCAAGCCCAGCAGGUGUCUGGUCGGGGGCCAGUGCCGCAGCUAAGCGACACAGACCCAGAGCAGUACAACCCGCUACACCAGUUGGAUGAACUGGCGGAUGGUGACUCUUGCAAGAAGCAACGAGUGCAGCCAUCGCUGCUGCAACAAGUUUCACUGCAGGCGCGGAGGCAGACCCCUUCCUCAAGCCGUAGUGCUGCGGAUGAGGGCUACGAAAUGUUCGGCGAUGGCUUUCGACUCCCGACAGGCUUGCCGCUUAACGAGGCUCAGCGCCAAGCAACGAUAAGCGCCAUGACAAAUCGCCUAACCCUUGUGCAGGGUCCUCCUGGCACAGGAAAGACACACGUGGCUUGCGCAAUUAUUGAUGCGUGGCAGCGUAUCAACCCUACUAAAAAAAUUCUCGCUGUCGCCGACUCAAACGUUGCCGCGGACAAUCUCAUGGAGGGGCUCAGCAACCGAGGCAUCCGUAGCGUUCGAGUAGGCAGCGGAAGCGAGUCGGAUUUAAAGGAAGAGUCAAUUCAAGAUCUUCCUCGAUAUCGCGAUCUUUUACGAAUGAGAGACAAAAAUUCGGGAGAGGCACGAAGUUUGCGCAUGCUCCUCGUCCGAGAAGCCGUUCGCAAGUAUAAUGUCAUCAUCGCAACCUGUGUUGGCAGUGGCCACGAGAUGUUCGACGAUGUCACGUUUGAGAGGGUCAUUAUUGACGAGUGCGCCCAGUCCAUUGAGCCGUCAAAUCUAAUCCCAUUAGGCCACGGUUGCCGAUCAGUGGUCCUAAUUGGCGACCAUAAGCAACUUCCUCCCACAAUCGUUUCACGGGAGGCUAGCGAUGGCGGGCUGGGAGUUUCGCUUCUUGAGCGAUUCGUCGGAAGUGGAAUCGCACCGAUUCACUUGCUAAACGAGCAACGUCGUAUGCAUCCAAGCAUUGCUCAUUUUCCAAACAUGCAGUUCUACCAGGGGAAGAUUUUCAGUCGAGAUGUGGACGACUGCAACCGUCCCCCAGUAGCAGGGUUUCUUUGGCCAUCCUCACACAGUCGGGUGUGCCUUAUUGAUAUUUCCGCUGGGCUUGCGAACAUGGAGCAGUCUUUGGGGACGUCGAAGUACAGCCUUGUUGAAAUCGAUCCGAUACUGGCAAUAUUGCGGUCAGUAUUGCAGUGCGGUACAAUCCGUCCGAGCGAAAUCGGCAUUUUAACCCCAUAUGAUGCGCAGAAAGCGCGGAUCCGCUUCGCCUUAAACGACUCUUUUGACAAGGCGUUGUGCUACCAGAUUGAUGUCGACUCUGUGGACGGGUUCCAGGGUAAGGAGAAGGAUCUGAUCAUCUUCAGCGCUGUUCGUUCCAAUCCUAGAGGUGAAAUAGGUUUUUUAAAGGAUGCACGCCGGCUCAACGUGAUGCUCACGCGUGCUAGACGAGGCCUUCUUGUCGUUGGAGACCAGUUGUCUCUUUGGGCGGAUACAGUGAACUGGAGGCCUUGGAUUUCAUGGGUUGGAAGUCAGAGGUCAAUCGUUCCUAUUUCUCGCUUGAACGACUACCUUGAGGUGCCCACGUACAACUAUAACCCCAUAGCGUCAGGAGCUGCUCGAGUCGGUGCAAGUGCAGUCGGUACCGGGAGCGUCACUGCGACGAGCACUGGAGGAGGGGCCAUAAAGACAGCGUACAUGCCACAGGGUUUUCAAGCAGAUUUCGGGAGUGGCGGAAUGGGCGUGCGUGGAGAGGGAGGGCGCGAAACAGCACCCGAGCCGAUGCAUGAAGAGGAAGAAGUGCCCGAAGACUGGGAACAGCAUCUUUGA